CCAUGAUUGUUAAGCGGCGGGGUAAUUCUUACGAAGUAGAAAGUAUGAUCUUCAUCGUGUUGGAGAACCUGCGAGAAGAAGAAAGAGAAAGUUGUUAUAAUUCUUAGAAGACAGUUUUCUCCGCAGCAGGUGUAUAGGAGACCUUGAAAUGCUGGUACGAAGGGUCAUACGUAGCAGGCUUGAUGAUUGAAUGCGAUGCCGAGUUAGAGAAAGAGGGGCGAUCUGCUUAGUUACUGUAAUUAUUCGAAUUGUCCUACGGCGAGGCACCCCCACACCCACCGACAGCCAUUACAAAUACGAUGCAGCAAUAGACAGCUGCCAGCGUCUAAUUUUCUUCGCGCAUCCUGUGUCAACACUCACUUUGAUCAGGACUUGCCUUCUCCAGCGUUGGCCAUUGCGUGUUCUGAAUACCGGCCACUCGCGCCAUGCUUCUAUAUGGCCUGUCAUCACAUGGUCUGACCGGCUCUUCCCGCACAGCGCACCACUUGCAUCUGGAUGGCUAUCCUCGGCAUCCGGACCGCAUGAGAUCAGGGGUUAAGGCCUAGGCAAUCAUCACCUUGUCGAUUUUGCUCGGCCGACCAUAUAACAACCAUAUCGCAUAGAUACUUCCGCCAUAUAUAUUACCAUUUUAUCUCAUAUUCUUUUUGCGACCUAUUUCUA